AUGGCUGAUUUCAUGAAUGCGCCCCCAAAAUCCGAGGAGCAAGACGAUGUACCGAAGUCGCCGCUGUCGUCGCGACUCUGCGAUUACUGCAACCAAGCUACCGUCGUGCUGUACUGCAGAGCAGAUUCGGCCAGGCUAUGUCUUGCCUGCGACCGUGAAGUUCAUUCCCCCAACCAGCUCUUCACCAAACACACUCGAUGGCUACUCUGCGACGCUUGUGACGCCUCCCCUGCCUCCAUCUUCUGCGAGACGGAGCGCUCCGUUCUCUGCCAGAACUGCGAUUGGGAGACCCACUGA